AUGGCCACCGAAACUGUGACUGCUUCAACCCAGGUUUACAGCCCAUUCAAAUUGACAGUCUCUGGUGAAGAUUGGCUUGACCAGCUCGAGUCUCAAGGCUACGCUGUCGUCAAAGGUGCCAUUCCACCGGAACGUGCUCAGUACUACCAACAGAAAGCCAUAGAAUGGCUUCAGUCCUUUGACCCUGCAUUGAACCCAAACGACCCAUCCACCUGGAAUGCUGCAAACCUCCCGAUCCAGACGGAGAGAAAUACUUACGAGCAUUAUUCGGUCGUCCAUGAGAAGUUCAUGUGGGAAGCUCGCCAGGAGCCCGGUGUCUUGGACGCAUUUACCAAAAUCUGGGGUACGGACAAGCUGCUGGUCUCGUUUGAUUCUUUGAACGUCACCCUUCCUAACCUCAAGCCGGCCCGUGCGCCUUGGCCACAUAUUGAUCAGGCUCCCAGAAAGCGUGGCCUGCACUGUAUCCAGGGCAUCAUCAACUUAAGCCAUGCGGGGCCCGAGGAUGGCUCUCUUGUGGUCAUUCCUGGCUCUUCCAAGCUCGUCGAAGAGUUCUUCGACACAAAGACUGACCCAUCGACUUGGCAAUGGAAGGAUAACGUAUAUUUCGACGACAAAGACAUGGACUUCUUCACCAGCCGCGGCCUGAAGCCGAUGAAGGUUCUUGCGGAGCCUGGAGAUCUCAUCGUCUGGGACUCUCGAACUAUUCACUGGGGCGGAGAACCUACACAGAAGAGCAAUACGACGCGCACAGUUAUAUACGCAGCCUAUGCGCCCGCUGCAUUGGCGUCGAAGGAAUCCCAAGCCGAGAAAAGUCGUGUCUUCAGCGUCUAUGGAGCGACCACACAUUGGCCGCAUGAUAACAUUAAGCUGCGAGACCUGCAAGCAAGCUUGCCGGAUGGCACACCCGACCCCCGUCAUCGCCCAGAGCCUCUGGAGAAACCUCUCGUCAAUGAAAAGGUGCUGCAGCUGGCAGGAGUGAAGCCAUACUGA